AUGCGCAGCAAAGGUGUUGUCUCUUCCGGCAGUGAGGAGCUGGAUGCUUUACAGCGUGAAGUCGAAAAGCUGAUCCUGGAGCGUCGAGAAGCGGACCAGCAAAUUGUUCAACUGGAAGCCGAUAUGACCGUUGUUCAGCUGGAACACGCAGUGGAGCAAUCCGAAGAAAAGGUGAAGGAGGAAGAGGCAAGACUGAACGAACUUCGCGCCCAAUGCGCUCGAAAAGAUGACAGAGUUCUUGAAAGCAAAUAUGCAACAAUCGAUGAAAAAACAAAACGUGUGGAAGCUGAAAAUGCGAAACUAAAAAAAGCAACUGAACGUUUGAGGCGGCUGAUUGAGAGUAAGGAUAUUGAGACAAUAAACAAGGAGCAAAAUGAACUCUUCGCUACACUCACCAAAAUUUCUCCUAUUGUUGAAAAUCAAGGCUUUUCUGGUGCUGCUUUUCACACCGAUCCCUUCGCUUCAGCUACCCGACAAGAUGUGGUAUUCGAAUGUGAUCCAUUUGCAAGCAGCAACAGCACACCAUUCGCCAGUUUCGAUGCUUUCUCGGGAAAAGAUCCAUUUAGUUCGGAGCAGACAGUGAAGUCGCCAUCGGCUUAUCAAGCUUCGUGCACAAAAGCACCGCCACCACGGCCUGCACCACCGCAAACACGCCAGACUCGG